AACCCCAGAUCAGAAGUACUCCAUGGACAACACUCCCCACACGCCAACCCCAUUCAAGAAUGCCCUGGAGAAGUACGGACCACUAAAGCCCCUGCCCCAGACCCCGCACCUGGAGGAGGACUUGAAAGAGGUGCUGCGCUCAGAGGCUGGCAUCGAGCUCAUCAUUGAGGACGAGGCGAGGCCUGAGAAGCAGAAGAGGAAGGCUGGGCUACGGCGGAGCCCCAUCAAGAAGGUCCGCAAGUCCCUGGCUCUUGACAUCGUGGAUGAAGAUGUGAAGCUGGUAAUGUCCACGCUGCCCAAGGUGCUGUCCUUGCCGACAAAUGUCCUGUCAAGCUCCUCCAGCCUCACGGUGCCAGGCAUCAAAGAGGACACCAGCCUCCUCAACGAGGGCUUCCUGCAGGCCAAGCCCGAGAAGCCGGUGGCAGCCCCGAAGCCCCGAAGCCACUUUCCAGCACCUGCCCCUAUGACCAGUGCCUGGAAAACAGUGGCCUGUGGGGGGACCAGGGACCAGCUCUUCAUGCAAGAGAAAGCCCGGCAGCUCCUGGGCCGCUUGAAGCCCAGCCACACGUCUCGGACCCUCAUCUUGUCCUGAGGGACUUGGUGGUCACGAGCUCAUUCUUGUGUUUACAGGGGGCUGGGGGGACCGAGGUUGGUCUGUGAAUCUGAGAAAAACGCUCAGAUGACCACUUGCAGGGAGCCUUCUGCCACCAGCCCCUCCCAAGACUGCUCAGGUGGAGGCAGAGCAGGGCCACCCGCUGUCCUGUCUCCGAGUCCAGCAGUGGCUGUGGGCGGUUCCUGGUGCUAACAGAACAAAGUCUCACCCCUGGGCCUGCCUGGUCCUCUUCCCAGUGCCACAGGGAGUCCCAUUAGCUCCUCCCAAGCCCUGGUCAGGUCUGGCCUCAUCUCAGACCCCUGCUUAGAACAGGGGACGUGGCCAACGUGCUCCUUCCCUCAACCUGUUAGUACGUUUUCUUGAAAAAUAAAAUUCCCUUUUUCCUUA